CUCGCAGACGGGCUCGAUCGAUUGAACGGUGCACACGCGUCGUGUGCUUAUUUUUCGCUAUAGUCUUCAACGUUCAUGAAAGAAAGGCUGUGUGCCUGAAGCGGAUGUAUCUUCAUCAAUGAUAUCCCGCGUUUAACUUAUCGGACAAUCGCGGCAUGGCGGUGCAAGUGUUCCAUCAGUAACGGUACUGUCACCCUGAAUGUGUCAUCAAGAUUAAGUAAUUCGCGUUGAACAAGGUCUUUGAUCCACGCCAACCGGAGUCGUCUAGGUGGGACAUUCCGGUUAGAUCAGCUGCGUGUAUUGAGUAAUGCAGCGUGAGUGACUAGACAAGUGUGGUCGCGGGUGGUGUCUCUGACAAUCGCGCGCCAUAGGCCGGAGUGUGUGAAAAUGUGAUGAAAUAAUGUUGGACCUCGGUGACAACGACGACGAAAAAGCACCGUGAUUACUUUUUUGUUGGUAGUGUAUUUAAAAAAAAACCUGACCGACUAAGCUCUGAAGGCGAUUGGGCUUUCUUCGUAGGCAGCUGCAGUUGAACGAGGUAUAGCCUCAGGUGUGAACCAAUCUGCGAGGAGAAAUUUUUCGAACGGUUGAAUCUUACGCGGAAAUAUGAGUGCAUGUGAAGGCGGUAGCAGCAAAGCGCGCAAAAUGAGGUUAAACUGUUGGUUGGUGCUGCUAAUCGCGGUUUGGAUUGUCACGCUGCAGCAGUUGUUUGCAAGCGUUAAUGGGAUCUAUGUGAUAGAAAAAGGUGGUAGAAAAUCCUUCGUGAAGCUUAGUCCGGCACAAUGGACUGAACCGGAGUCAGACGGCAUGUGGUCUUCUUUACUUGAGGAAUAUACGCUUGGACAAAACACCUCAGUGCGGCAAUCGCGCGUAAUGCAAGCCACACAGGUUGGAGUAGGGCAGACUCACCAGUACAUUCCGGCAUCCAGCUUUUACAUCAACAAGCGCAUCGGGGAAGCCGUUGAAAUGGGUGCCCCUGCAGGGAAAGUAAUUGGUCCCUCGGGGUACGCUGAGAACCAACUGACACCUCCGUCGGCGCAAAGUACAUUUACGCCAAUGCGACAAACUUUUGGUGGAGCAACUCCAACAGAAUUGCUCUCGUCGCCCCGUGAGGUCUCUGAAACGGAUUUAUAUCUACUGGGAGCCAUCGAGAAACUGGUCUAUCGCGUAGAUUAUAUGGAAAAUCGCCUAAGAAGGGCAGAGCAAAUCAUUUACUAUCUGAUGGCAGGAAACAACCAAAAACUUGAAACCUGCCCGGACAACUUUACCCGCGUCCAAGACAUAUGCUACCACUUUGGUGUUGAUCGUGGCUUAAACUGGAAAUCGGCUAGCACGUUGUGUAAGUCCUAUGGUGGACAUCUAGCGGAAUUUGAAACCAGUACGGAGUUCCAAGAUGUCGUGGCGUACAUUUUAAACAACCAACUGAAACGUGGAAAAGAAUUCUGGCUCGGUGGGUUGAACCCGGGUCUGCUGUGGAUUUGGACUCAAUCAGCCAAACCGGUCAAUCCGAAUACAAACCUAACAUCGAUGUCAACUGGCGCUAAGGUCGGAACGAGCACAACUUCGACAACUACUGUACAACCGGACACUAAAAGGGAUGGGAACAAAAUUGUCAACAAACCACCCAAGCAAACAGAACCAACGCUGGAAAUCGUUGGUACGGGUAGAUGCUUGAAGCUAACUUACAACGGAGCAUUGUACACUUACGGAUAUUCUGGACAGGACUGCUCAAACCGAAACAAUUACAUCUGCGAACUAAAGAACAAAUCGCUGGAUAAUGAAAUAAAGCGUUUGGCGAAGCAACUGGAGUUCGACUAGAUUCGGCGAUUGGUUGAAGAAAGUAGAUUAGUCCUCUCAUCAGAUUUUGAGCGAUACUUAUUUAUUAGAAUUUGUGCUAAUAAAAUGUUAGAAAUAUGUGUGAUGGGUGAUUAUAAUAUUAUCAUUACAUAUUUAUACCAUAUUUUUGUUAGCAGUAUCUUUUUCAAAACAUGAUGAUUGGUUUAAUCAAUGCAUUUAUAUUUUGAGGAGUAAUUUAUUAAAUCAUCCGAAUAAAAAAACAUUUUCAAUUAUUUUAAUGCCAAAAUCGUAAUACAUGCCAGAGAAUAGCCCACGCCAACAAUGGAUAGCCCCACCGUGGAAAUGUACAGCAUGCGAUCCAUUGGUCCCCCUUUUAACCACACCGGAAGGUUGUCCUUGACUUGGAACUUGGCUUGUUUGUUUUUGAGUAGUUUGUAUCCCAUCGCAAUUUCAUUGCCGCCGGACGCGGAUCCUCCUCCUGCGCACGUGGGUUCCGCUUCAGCUUUCGGAGGACACUUUUUCUUCGUAAGAAAAUUUCUGGCUUGGAAAAUUUUUGGAUUGAGUUUUCGAAGACUGUUGGACGAUUUCAGUAGCAACGACAUUUUUGUGCAACGUGUUUUCGAUUAGUGAAAACCGAUCAGUAAUCAAGGACGA